AUGGACUAUUCGUACGACGAGGACCUGGACGAGCUAUGCCCGGUGUGCGGAGACAAGGUAUCCGGAUACCACUAUGGGCUGCUCACCUGCGAGAGCUGUAAGGGGUUUUUUAAGCGCACCGUACAGAAUAACAAACACUACACGUGCACCGAGAGCCAGAACUGCAAGAUUGACAAGACACAGCGUAAACGAUGCCCCUACUGCCGCUUCCAGAAGUGCCUGACUGUGGGGAUGCGGCUGGAAGCUGUUCGAGCAGAUCGAAUGCGAGGUGGGAGAAAUAAGUUUGGUCCUAUGUACAAGCGAGACCGUGCCUUAAAACAGCAGAAGAAGGCCCUGAUCCGAGCCAAUGGAUUCAAGCUUGAGACGGGUCCACCCAUGGGACCUCCUCCACAAACUGACUACCCCCUGGCACCAGCCCUCCACCCAGGUGCCAAGGGCUUGGCACCCGCCCCACCUGCAGGGCCACCUGGAGACUAUGAGCGGGGCCCCUAUGGUCCACCAGGUCUGCCUAUGGCUGUGCCCACUCAUGGCCCACUGGCUGGCUACCUCUACCCUGCCUUCCCUGGCCGUGCCAUCAAGUCAGAGUACCCAGAGCCCUAUGCUAGCCCCCACGAGCCAGCCCUACCCUAUGGCUACCCAGAGCCCUAUCCCAGUGGCCCUGGCCUGCCCGGGGUCCCAGAGCUCAUCCUCAAACUGCUGCAGCUAGAGCCUGAUGAAGGCCAGCUUAAGGCUCGAAUCCUGGCCUGCCUACAGGAGCCUUCCAAGGGCCGGCCUGACCGGCCCACACCUUUCGGCCUCAUGUGCAAGAUGGCCGACCAGACGCUCUUCUCAAUUGUUGAAUGGGCUCGGAGCUGUGUGGUCUUCAAGGAGCUGGAGGUGGCUGACCAGAUGAAACUUCUGCAGAAUUGCUGGAGCGAGCUGCUUGUCUUUGACCACAUCUACAGACAGAUCCAACAUGGGAAGGAGGGGAGCAUUUUGCUGGUCACUGGCCAGGAGGUAGACCUAUCAACAGUGGCAGCCCAAGCAGGAUCUCUUCUCCAUAGCCUAGUGCUGCGGGCCCAGGAGCUUGUACGGCAGCUGCACUCUCUACAGGUCGACAGGCAGGAAUUUGUCUGCUUGAAGUUCCUCAUCCUCUUCAGCCUUGAUGUGAAGUUCCUGGAGAAUCACAGCCUGGCCAAGGAUGCGCAGGAGAAGGCCAAUGCGGCCCUGCUGGAGUACACCAUGUGCCAUUACCCGCACUGCGGCGACAAGUUCCGGCAGCUGCUCCUGCGCCUGGCUGAGGUGCGCUCCCUCAGCAUGCAGGCAGAGGAGUAUCUGUACCACAAGCACCUGGGUGGGGAGGUCCCCUGCAACAACCUGCUCAUCGAGAUGCUGCACGCCAAGCGGACUUGA